AUGCGUUCGGCCGUCAUUGCUCUACUUGUGUUCGUUGCUUUCUCUCGUUCCGACUUCCUUCUUCCAUUCCCUCUGUCUGAGAAAUUCAUCAAUUUCACUGCUCAACUGGAGAAACCAACAAACAAUGAUACGAGUUGUAAUCUGGCUCAAUUGAACUACUGUCAGUACUCGUUCAAUCAAAACUUCGGAUUGAACUCUUCAGUCAGCUACAGUAAUGGAUCUCGAAUCUUCGAAACUGUUCAGAAUUAUUUGAAUUCAAAUGUGACUCAACUGAGCAAGAUCUGCAGAGCCCGUACCAAUUUCUAUCACUGCUUGGGACACACCUACUACACUUGCAUGAAUCUUCAUACUCGUCUUGAGAGUAACAACACUGAUUCUUCCAAUGGAUUCGACUACGUCAGAACUUUCCGUGGACUCGAAUGGAUUUGUGGAGGAGGAUAUCAAGAAACAAUCAACCAAUGGAACAACUUCGAUGACAUUCCCACCUCCACUCCCUACAGAAACUGCGUCAACACCUUCAAUCAAACCAUCUCCACCGUCCACUUCUGCUCAUCUGUCCAACAAACUGGAAACUGCUUGAACACUGUCUACAGUAACUCAACUGGAGAUGCAUCUGCCGGACACUAUGGAUGCGAGAACUUCCGUUACACUUUCGCCAAUGCUUGUCCAGGACUCAAGUGUACCAUCGGAAAAUAA